AUCAUAUGAACUGCCCCCACCAACGGACUCUGUCUUGUUGUAUCUGUCUCCUUUUCAAUUCCCUCCGCCGCAAUCUUAUUUACUUGCCCCCGUCGACGGCUGCCGGAGACUACUUCAACACCUCCCUGGAUUGCACACCGGAUCUCAAACAAACUCUUUUCAUUUCUUCACUUAACACUCGAAAACUUCAAAUUUUGGCCCGGGAUCCUGUGAGAUCGAGGCUUUUUCUUGUCUGUUACUGUUGGAAUUGUGUGUGUGAAAAAAUAAAUGUACAUUUUGAGUUUGCGUGUUUAAAAGAAUAUUUCCUUUUGAUACCAACAAAGCAUUUGCUGUUUCUCGUUCUGAUUUGAGAUUUUGAUCGUCAUCUGAACAGUAUUUUAUCUCAUUCUCUGUACUUGAUCCAAAACCAGAACGACGUAGUUUUUUUUUUUUUUCCCCAGCAAGUGUGGCAAAUUGAGUGUAUGGGGUUGACAUGUGUAGAACUGAGGGAGGAGGAGGAGUAAUGGGGUUGAAAACGACGGCUUUUGGAGGGGAUAAAUUAGAGAAGCUGAGAAGUAAUGGGGCGGUGGCAAAGAGAAAAAUGAGGAUAUGGAUUAUAAGGGCAACGACAUUGGUUUUGCUGUGUACUUGCUUGGUUCAGUUGACGGCACUGGGAGAGACGUGGGGGCCAAGGGUAUUGAAGGGCUGGCCUUCUUGCUUUUCUCGAGAAUCGGCUGCGGCUGCCACCUUGGAGGUUAAGUCAUCGCCGGAGCUCCCGGCCAGAGUUCUGCCGGUGAAGAGGGUUUACAAGAACAAUGGUUACCUGAUGGUCUCGUGCAACGGAGGGCUUAAUCAAAUGCGCGCAGCGAUAUGUGACAUGGUUGCAAUAGCAAGAUAUUUGAAUGUUACAUUGAUAGUUCCCGAGCUGGAUAAGACUUCUUUUUGGAAUGACCCAAGUGAAUUCCAAGACAUAUUUGAUGUCGACCAUUUCAUCUCAUCCUUGAGAGAUGAAGUUCGGAUAUUGGAGGAACUACCACCACGAGUCAAGAGGAGAGUUGAGCUAGGAAUGAGAUAUACGAUGCCUCCCGUUAGUUGGUCGGACAUUUCUUACUAUCAGAAUCAGAUACUUCCUCUGAUUCAGAAAUAUAAAGUUGUGCAUUUAAAUAGAACAGAUGCUCGCCUUGCCAAUAACGGUCAGCCCUUGGAGAUUCAGAGGCUUCGUUGCCGAGUAAACUUCAGUGCUUUGAGGUUCACUCGUCAGAUUGAAGAAUUGGGCAGGAAAAUAAUCAAUAUACUUAGGCAAAAUGGUCAGUUCAUGGUACUUCAUCUCAGAUAUGAAAUGGACAUGUUAGCUUUUUCUGGCUGUACUCAUGGCUGCAAUAAGGGCGAGACGGACGAGUUGACAACAAUGAGAUAUGCUUACCCAUGGUGGAAAGAGAAAAUCAUAAACUCCGAUUUGAAAAGGAAAGACGGUCUAUGUCCUUUGACACCUGAGGAAACUGCGCUCACGUUAAGGGCAUUAGACAUUGAUCGCAAUAUCCAGAUUUACAUUGCUGCUGGAGAAAUUUAUGGUGGACAAAGAAGAAUGAAUGGACUUGCAGCAGCUUAUCCCAACUUGGCUCGGAAGGAGACACUGUUGAAGUCUUCAGACCUGAGUUCGUUCCAGAAUCACUCUUCUCAAAUGGCAGCACUCGAUUAUCUUGUUUCGCUGGAGAGCGAUAUCUUUUGUCCUACCUACGACGGAAAUAUGGCUAAAGUUGUUGAAGGCCAUCGGAGAUAUCUCGGGUAUAAGAAAACAAUGUUAUUGGAUAGAAGGCUUUUAGUCAAUCUAAUAGACCAAUAUAAAUCCGGUUCGCUAACUUGGGACGAAUUUUCAGCUGCGGUUAAAGAUACUCAUGCUGAACGCAUGGGAAGCCCUACAGUAAGGUUGGUGAUUCCUGAUAAACCUAAAGAAGAAGAUUAUUUUUAUGCCAACCCGCAGGAGUGUCUGCAACAUUUAAGUGACAACGAGCCACAAGGUGGUAUUCAAACAUCUUUUCCAGUAAACAGUGGUCGGAAUCCAGGCAGUCAAGUAAUGGAUGUCAAUACAGAUUCCCCAUCUGAGUUAUUUUGAGACGAGGAUUAGCUUUGACGCUGCUUUCUUGAAGAUUAUAUAUGAAGCCAGGAGAGGAUUGCAUUUAACGGGAUCACAUUUAUUUUUUUUUGUGUUUUUUUUUUUUUUUUUUUUUUUUUGGUAUAAGUUAAUGAUACAAUUCAUGUAUAGAAACUUACCCUGCCUUUCAAGGGUUACAUCGACUUAUCCUCAGUAUACACACAAGGAUGCAUAUACAGAUUUUCUUUUACUGGAAAUUGGAUUUGCCUGAGGUUAAGCUUUUAA